AUGUGCUGGUGUAAACAGUCGCUUUCUGUUUUAUGGAUGAAAUUUCAAAAUUCAAAACAAAAAAGUUGCAUCGAAACGCGUAGAUCACCUGAAAACCAUAGGUUCCAAAGAUAUGUUGUGUUGAUAGAAAUUAACAUGCACAAUGUCGAGGACGAAAUUUCGGAUUCUGAAGACGACAUUACAACCUUUUUAGAACCGGUCUACCGAAGACAUGUUGAAAAUAGACCGGGAUCCGAAAUUCAAGAGCCAACUCUGUUCGAUGACAUGCAUUCAACCGCCAAUGAAGAGAAGCAGGAGAUGGCCGAUAGUGAAGAGGUCUACUUCCACAUGACACAAAUGCAAUCGAUACAUGAAAGUGUAACUGAAUUGGAGAAGGAAUGUGCCUUGCAAAAGAAAUCGAUGCUAUCUUUGAGGUCAUUACGAUGUGACUCGGUUGAGGAGAUAGAGAAAUACCAAGUUUCCGAGCCACCCAAGAAGAGGAGCAAAAGAAGAAUGACAACAGAAAGCAAAACAAGAAAGAAAAACCAGUCAAUGAGUGACCAUGUUCGGGAGGUUUUUGAGUCAGAUAGGAGCAAAUACUUUAUAGCAAAACAGAGUCGUAUCGAUGAGUUCUGUGCCAGAUCGCAAAACACCAGUAUGUCAAGAACUUUACAAAAUCGACGACUUGAGCAACCACGUGAGAAACAACUACUAUCAUCUUCCGAUUGGCUCCACGUCUUACGCAGUCUCAAGAUUAAUUUCCCGAAUGUACAAUGCGUAUCAGGGGCUCCUCCCAAUGGAAGUUUUACCUACAGGACACUUUGGGAUGAGGCAUGUGCUAAUGUUACAUUAAACCACGAAGAACUAAAAAUUUUGUAUAAUAAAUAA